CGGUAGCUCAGCUUCCAUUUUAGCGCCAUCUUUGAUUUCCUUGACCUAAAAUUUGGUGUUUCUAACCAUUUGGGCUGAAUUAUGUUGGAGCUUAACAUCAUGUAUUCCUGAAGUGAUGAAGGAGUAGCUUUUCAAAGAUGGAUGGAAUAGGAGCCAGCUCACCACCAUCAGUGUCACCAUGGAGACAGAUGAAUACUUCCAACAUCUCUGAUGUUGAUGGGUUGUCUAGUGUUGAGAGGCAGCAAUACAACAAGGCAUUAAAGGCCAUGUAUCAGAUCGUCCGACUGGGUGUAGGAAGACGGGAUGCGUCUCAGAUAGAUAAAGAAAUUAUUAGCGAGACUACAGAGUCCUCAGAUGAGGUCGCAGAUCCAAUUGAUUCUAGAAUUGCUGAAUUGGCUUCAAUGAAGUUUGGUAACUCUAAGUCUCGGAAGAGUUUUCAUGAGAUGUACCCUUCCGCCAGUGAUGUGGAUGUGAAGAAGAUAUACAGAGAACUUAUGCAAAUCAAUAGCAAACUACAGAGGGAAAAUGCAGCUCUCCAAGAGCGUGAGCAGCGGCUGCGAGAAAGAGAGAGAAACCUAAGAGAAGCGGAACAACUUAGUGAGACCACAGAUGUUGUGAUUGAUAAGAUCGUGGACAACGAAGUGGAGGCAAGAGUCAGGGAGAUCACACAGAGUUAUGAUGAUCAGAUUUUCGUUCUGGAGGAGGAGCUCAAAGGCAGAACUGUAGAGUUGAAGAGAGUGAGAGAUUCCUUUAACACUAUCAAGACAGCAAAUGACAACCUAAAGAAACAGCUGACAGAGUUACAGGAACAGAACAGAGUACUUGAGGCACAGGCAAUCAGUGUACAGCACCGCUUGGCCAAUCUUCAGAGGAAAAGCGAGUUUGCCUCCCGCCAGGUGACGAGCGAGGAGAAACAGAUACAACAAGAUAGAUACAACAAAGAUACAACAAAGAGCAGACCAGCUUCAAGGCCUGAUAGUAACAAAGCAGUGUCGUUCACACUCAAUAAGUUCAACUUCUCUGGUACGCUUGAUGUCCUCGCUGUCUUACUGGAAUGGAUAGCAGAAGCACACUUGAGGUCACCACCCACUUUCCAGGAAACUCUAGAGGGUAGUUUACAGGAACAAGUACUGGACUUCACCUCUGCACUGGUUCAUGAGAAGUGCCUGAAGAUUCUUCCCGCUAUGGCGGAUAUCUUGACCUACCUCCCCGCAGUAAACCUUCGAGUUCAGGAACCCUGUUUACAGUUUACCUACUGGUGUAUACUAUACAUGGAAAAGUCUGUUACCGGAUCUCAGAGGACGACGUUGGCAUCGACCUUCCGUCACAUCGGCGAGAACCUGUACAAACCCCAGCCAAUCAGGUUUACCGAGGACGGCCUAGUGACAGGUCUGUCCCGCACUGAUAGAGGGAAGAGCGACCUUUACUUCCACAGCCCUAACCUCGGCGUCAGACUGUUGUCUUCACUUAUCAUUCUCAAGACGCUUUCACAAGUCGACCACCUUGCUCAUGUAUUUGAUGUCCUCAAAAAUGACUUGCGUGAUGACAUGGGUAAACAGCUUUUCCUGACAUUCGAAGGAGUCAAUGUCAUCCUCCCCUACAUGAAACCGGCACAAAAGGCAUUGCUGAAUAGCAGCAUAGAUGUCAUGUUACAAAUGUCGAUGGACUCACCAUUUCUCCAGGCGUUUCUGGAGAGCUGUUGUAACGAGCCUUGGUUCCGCGCAUGCGUGGCUCUGCUGCAGUUCAAAGGGACAGGAGUCAAGGCCAUCGAGAAGCUGAGCAUUGUACUUCAGCGACUUUCCAAGAACAAGGGUAACCGCCGAUAUUUCGAAGCGUUCCAGAUCCAACCGAUAAUCCAAGAGCUACUGCGUAACAGUGACCCCGGCAACGCCUUCCUCGCACUCAACCUGCGCUCAAUCGUGUUUAACCUUGGCGGUAAAACAUGAGGAGGAGCUACAAUCUGUAUCAGGCAUAAAGGUCAGGACCUCGAUCUAAAAUAUGGUAUCUCUUGAAAGGAGAACAACUGGUAAUCAUUCGUGUUUUACCAAGGAAAACCUGACUAACACUACCGUCACAUAACAAGAAGAGGAAUAUCCUGCCGUCAAUCGUGUUUAAUCUAGAAAAGCCUGUUUUAUGUCUACGAUUUAUUUGGAGCCAUCAGGAUCACGAUUACAAGGAGGUUAUAAUUAAAGGAAUACUGCAGCCAAUCGUGCUUACUGUGCCGUGAAUUCUGAUGGAGCAACAUGUUCUGGAAGACUAUUCGUGAAAAAGAGGUUUUAAAUCAAUUGAAGAUGAAGGUUGAUCCUGCUCGAACAUCAAUCUCAGGAUCAAGAAUAAUUUGUAGGUUGUUUUUUUAAACCAUCAGCAAUAAAGCCUCCUCGGGUUCGGGAAAGCACGAUUCGUUAUAAGGUUGCAUAACAAUCGGUUUGAUCCAUCGGCACCUUUAUAAAAAUCCGUUUCACCUCUACGAUAGGAGAUACACUUAUUUCAAGUAAGGUUAAACUCGGAGAAUCUGUGUAUCGUAACCCGCAGUACUCCAUGGGUACGAAAUAACUAAUGAAAUAAGCGUAAAUAAAAUACAAAUGCAGGUUUUAAAAGCUGUAGAUUUCUUGUUCAUGUUCUUAUGAACAUUCACAUAGCUUUCACAUACAAGGAUUUAGUCGUUGAUACGCUACCCAUGAACCACCGUGGGCUACGACACAUGGAUUCUCGACGGUGCAACCUUAUUCGAAAAGUCAUGACAUCUAUCGAGAAUUGACAAUUUCAGCGGGCAUUGUUUUUCCUAUGGCGCCUUCCUGAAGUUUAUGUUGAAAACAUAAAUUGUUAAGAGAUAGAAAAUCAAAGUAUGUCUAUAUAGUAUUGUAUAUAAAAAAACUAUAUCGUUUCUGCAUUUCCUCAAAACGAUGUAUUAACAUCUAAAUCAGUUAACUUAGAAUUGGAGAAGUUUAUAGUACGCGUAUUGUUAAAAAAACGUAUUUUCGACUUACACUUGAGAAACAAAAAAAUGUCAAACUGUCAAACGAUGUUAAUGUAUAUUGAUAUGCUAUUGGUUUAUUCUUGAAAUCAUUGCUUAAACCACCUGUUAGAAAAAAAAGCAUAUUAGGCUUUCAAAUUCAUCAAGUCUAAAAAGCGUCCAUGUUUUAGAUAAAAGCUGUUUGUUAUGAAGUAAAAUAACACCACAAAA